CAGCGGUAGUAGGAGGUGGAGCCGUCGGCUUCACCGCAGCAACCUCAGAGCAGGUUAACGUCGUUUUGAAUACACAAAAGAUAGGUGACGCGACAACACGAUGUUUCUGACCAUAUUCACCGAACUAUAAACUACGAACAGACAGCGACGGGAUCAUCCAAACUAGUGGUGUACAGGGGCUAGUACACAGCCAUGGAUACCACCACCUCCCUGAAGAUGACCUCUCUGGCCGUCCAGAGUCUGUUCAGCUAUGUGGAGGAGGAGAACCUGGCUGCCAUUAAAGCACAUCUGGACAAGUUCAGAGACGUGGACAGCAGGAGUGAUAACGGACAGACUCCCCUGAUGGUGGCGUCAGAGCAGGGCAGUCUGGAGAUAGUACAAGAGCUCAUUAGGAGAGGAGCCAACGUUAACUUGGAUGAUGUUGACUGCUGGACGGCGUUGAUUUCUGCAGCGAAGGAAGGCCACAUUGAGGUGGUAAGGGAACUGCUUGAGAACAAUGCCAACCUGGAACAUCGAGACAUGGGAGGGUGGACUGCUCUCAUGUGGGCAGCCUACAAAGGUCGCACGGACGUGGCCCAGCUGCUUUUGGAGAAAGGAGCAAACCCCAACAUCACUGGUCAGUACAGCGUCUACCCCAUUAUCUGGGCGGCAGGUCGAGGCCACGCAGAGAUUGUCCAUCUCCUGCUGCAGCAUGGAGCCAAGGUCAACUGCUCAGACAAGUAUGGUACCACUCCUUUGAUCUGGGCUGCCAGGAAGGGACAUUUUGACUCUGUGAUGCACCUUCUAGCUAAUGGAGCUGAUGUGGACCAAGAGGGAGCGAACUCAAUGACAGCACUGAUUGUGGCAGUAAAAGGAGGCUACACAGAGGUUGUUAAGCAGCUCCUAAAGAGGAACCCGAACGUCAACAUGACGGACAAGGAUGGCAACACUGCUCUUGCCAUCGCUGCAAAAGAGGGGCACACAGAGAUUGUGCAGGACCUGCUGGAUGCGGGUACCUACGUCAAUAUCACAGACAGGAGCGGGGAGACCAUGUUGAUCGGAGCAGUGAGAGGAGGUCAUGUGGAGAUAGUCCGAGCUCUGCUGAACAAAUACGCUGAUAUUGACGUCAGAGGGCAGGAUGGAAAGACUGCCCUCUACUGGGCUGUGGAGAAAGGCAACGCCACCAUGGUGAGGGACAUCCUGCAGUGCAACCCUGACACUGAGAGCUGCACUAAGGAAGGAGAGACUCCUCUUAUUAAAGCCACCAAAAUGAGGAACAUAGAUAUUGUGGAACUGCUGCUGGAUAAAGGAGCCAAAGUGUCUGCUCUGGACAAGAAAGGAGACACGCCCCUCCACAUCGCCAUCCGAGGGCGGAGCCGAAAGCUGGCAGAGCUGCUUUUGAGGAACCCUAAAGAUGGCCGCCUGCUUUACCGCCCCAACAAAGCUGGAGAGACACCUUACAACAUCGACUGUACCCACCAAAAAAGCAUCCUCACACAGAUAUUUGGAGCGAAGCACCUCUCCCCCUCUGAGUCAGAUGGAGACAUGUUGGGUUAUGACCUGUACAGCAGUGCUCUCGCUGACAUCCUUAGUGAGCCUACCAUGCAGCCACCUAUCUGUGUUGGACUGUACGCUCAGUGGGGCAGUGGCAAGUCUUUCCUCCUCAAAAAACUAGAGGAUGAGAUGAAGACCUUUGCUGGCCAGCAGAUAGAGCCGUUGUUCCAGUUCUCAUGGCUGGUUGUCUUCCUCACUUUGCUCCUCUGCGGCUCUGUGGCCGUCGUUCUCGGCUUCACUGUUGAUCCCAGGCUGGCAAUUGCUGUCUCCCUCAGUCUCCUAGCUGUGCUUUACAUCUUUUUUGUGUUGGUGUACUUUGGAAGUCGUCGUGAGAGGGAGAGCUGGAACUGGGCGUGGGUUAUCAGCACCCGUCUCGCUCGCCAAGUUGGUUACCUGGAGCUUCUGCUCAAACUGAUGUUUGUUAAUGCUCCUGAACUUCCAGAGCAGACCACCCGUGCCCUGCCUGUAAGGUUCCUGUUCACAGAUUACAAUCGCCUGUCCAGUGUUGGAGGAGAGACCUCCAUGGCUGAGAUGAUCGCCACACUCUCAGAUGCUUGUGAGAGGGAGUUUGGCUUCAUGGCCACUCGGCUCUUCAGGGUUUUUAAAAAUGAUGAGAUCCAAGGUAAAAAAUGGAAGAAAACAUGUUGUGUCCCUUCCUUCGUGCUGUUUGCCUUGACACUAGGAUGCCUGAUCACCGGCAUGGCCCUGUUGGCCAUCUUUAAGGUGGACCCUGAAAACUCGACAGUGAAUGCAGUGCUGAUAGCCAUGGCCAGUGUGGUUGGGUUGGCUUUACUGCUGAACUGUAGGACCUGGUGGCAAGUGGCUGACUCUGUCCUCAACUCCCAGAGAAAACGUCUUCACAGUGCUGCCAACAACUUGCAUAAACUCAAGAGUGAAGGAUUUAUGAAGGUUCUGAAGCAUGAAGUGGAGCUAAUGUCAAAAAUGGCUAAAACGAUCGAUGGCUUCACCCAGAACCAGACACGCAUGGCUGUCAUCAUUGACGGACUGGACGCCUGUGAGCAGGACAGAGUUCUGCAGAUGCUCGACACGGUGAGGGUGCUCUUCUCCAAAGGCCCUUUCAUCUCCAUCUUUGCCAGUGACCCCCAUAUUAUCAUCAAAGCUAUCAACCAAAACCUCAACAGUGUGCUGAGAGACUCUAACAUCAAUGGACACGACUACAUGAGGAACAUUGUUCACCUGCCUGUAUUCCUCAACAGCAGAGGACUCAGUACAGCCAAGAAGCUCUGCAUGGUAGCCCCCAGCAAUGGAGAGACAACGCCUGCUGAGGGCUGGCAUGAAGACACGGACAGAAAGAUGUCACAGACGAACCUCGGUCAAGACCAGGCCAAGUUUGGCAGCAAGAAUGCCCUAAACCGCAGGGACACAUACAGGCGCCGGCACAUGCAGAGGACCAUCACCAGACAGAUGUCCUUUGACCUGACCAAGCUGCUGGUGACAGAGGAUUGGUUCAGUGACAUCAGCCCACAGACCAUGAGGAGGUUGCUCAACAUUGUUUCUAUCACAGGUCGCCUGUUGAGAGCCAAUCAGAUCAUCUUUAACUGGGACCGGCUUGCCUCGUGGAUCAACCUGACAGAAGAAUGGCCAUACAGGACAUCAUGGAUCAUCCUGUUUUUGGAAGAGACGGAUGGAGUGUCUGACCAGGUCACCCUCAAGACAAUUUAUGAGAGAAUUUCUAAAAACAUCCCCACCACUAAAGAUGUUGAACCAUUGCUGGAGAUUGAUGGAGACAUCCGCAGCUUUGAGGUCUUCCUCUCCUCCAGGACACCUGUCCUCACCGCCAAAGAUGUGGAGAUGUUUCUGCCCUGCACCGUCAACCUGGACCCAAAACUCAGAGAAAUAAUUGCAGAUGUGCGUGCAGCCAGGGAACAGAUGCACAUGGGAGGAGUGACCUAUCCCACGCUGCCGCUGCAGGAUGCAGUGCCCCGUCCGCAGUCAGGUUACAGCCAGCACUCUGCCAACUGCUCCCCAACAGGCUCCUUUGCUGGGUCCCUGCCUCCUCAGCCCCACAGUGCCUACUUCAGUGGGAUGACAGGACCUCAGCAUCCAUUUUACAACCGGCCUUAUUUCCCCCACCAUGUGUAUCACCUGCCUCGGCAUUACUCCCACCAUGCCCCCCCAUCCCUGCGCCCCUCCAUUAAACCAUCCGGUCAGACUAAGGACAACACCAGUGGACUUGAUGUUAUUGCGGAGGACACCAGAGAAGGCCUCCCCCCUUGUCCCUCUGAUCCUAACAUGCAAUUAAAGUCGCUGCCUUACAAAUUAAAGCAGGUUUCUCCUGGUGUCCUGCUCAGCUCCAUGAACACAGAUGCGGUGUGCGAGCGUCUCAAACAAACUGAUGGCAUUGACCCGAACAUGCUGCCUCAGUACAUCGCCACCGUCAAGAAGGCUAAUGUGAACGGCCGAGUAUUGUCUCAGUGUAACGUGGAUGAGCUGAAGAAAGAGAUGGAGAUGAAUUUUGGUGACUGGCAGCUCUUCAGGGGAGUGCUGAUGGAACUACGUCACGCUGAAAGCCAGGCUCUGCUGCAGGACGAGUCCCGAGCUGUGAGCGAGCAGGGCAGCAGUGUGCACCAGGGUGAGCCCAGCAGGCGCUCUGGAGGGGCCCAGCAUGAAGCAACAGCCUUCAGCCUCAACCUCAGCUUUGAGGAGCUGAGCGGAGCCGGGUUGGAGGAACCCCAGAGACACAGCAACAGCUCUCAUUGGCCGGUGGUAAAUCUCCGCACCUCCAGCAUGUCCAGCCUCAACUCUCAGGAAUCAUCCAAUGACAUCUGCAAGCUGACAGACAAGCAGCAGGCCGAGUAUCGGGACGCCUACAGGGAGUACAUCGCUCAGAUGGCUCAGUUGGAGAUGUCCGGCGGCGGGGGGGAGAGGCCCGUGCAGCCCCACCCAGGACAGUUCCUGCAGGCUGCUGGCUCAGAUGACAAAGGGGCCAAGGAGGGAGCCGACCAAGACGGCCGCAAGCCCUUCACCAAGAGAGGCUCCAAGGCGGCUGAUACCACAGAUUUCCCCUCAGGGAGUGACGCCCAGACCCUCGACCCCAUCAGUGAGGAGGACGAGAAGCUGGACCACAGCGCUUCCUCCAGGACUCCAGGCUCCAAGAAGAAAGGAGCAGGGGCUUUGUACCACAAGCUGCCCAGCGAUGAAGACUCCGGCCCAGAAGAAGCCGACAACACUACACCUCUCCUCCACAGAGAGCCCUGUGCUCCAUCCGCUCACGGAGACUCACAACCUGCUGGGCUGCUCACCAAGCCCGGCUUUCUCAACGAGAUCCUCCUGGACAAGAAGGACUCCUCAGACUCAGGGAUGAGAUCCAGCGGCAGCUCUCUGGAGGAGCCUGAAGAAGACAGAGAGGGUGGAGCGCAGAAGGCCAGUCUGAUCGAGCUGGAGCUGGAGGGUCUGGUGAAGAAAAGAGGCCUCCUCCCAAGCAGCCUGAGCGGCCUGCAGGAUGCCACGGUGGCCCGCAUGUCCAUCUGCUCCGAGGCUCCGUCCGAGGCCAGCUUGAUGGCCAGCAGCCCGGACGAGGGGUGGCCGUCUAGCGGGGUCAGCAACCUCAACCACAGCGACAGCAACACCACCCUUAACAACAACACAAACAGCCCCAGCGACGCCAACACCAACAGUAACACCAACAACAGCCAUCAGCAGCAGCUGGCUAACAUCACAAGCACACAGUCCUCCUCCUCGAGCACCGAUGUGUCACCAGCUGUCAUCAUCAUCACCCCCGGCAGCAGCAGCACCGCCACCACUGCCUCCGCCACCAUCCACAACCAGAACCUGCGCACCAUCAGCCUGGGAGACGAGCGGGAGAGUGUCCUCUGAAGAGAGCAUCCUCCUCCAAAGAAGCGGGUGUUAGUGUGAGAAGGGUCACAUAGAUUACACUUGUUGAUGUUGUUGUUGGUAGCAUUAUACUGUCAAGAGGGUAGAUUUGUGUUCUAGUGUUGCUGUGAACCAAAAGUAGUGCAAUCAGAAGCUUUAAAGAAAUAAAAUCAACUAAAAUGUUGCAAAAAUAAGGACAUAUUUAUAGUGAUGUUUGGGCUUUAAUGAGACCAAAAACACCACAGCAAGGUCAAAUUUAGAUUCUUUUACUGGUUUCCAUGUUACAAGCAUUAGCCAUCCUACCUUUUAAGAUCACUCAGGGGUGAUUUGUGUCUCACACUAUUGUAGUGCUGCUUUAGGAAUAGUGUGUUUAGGUAAAACACGUUACAUGUUGUGAACAUUGUGUGUUAAGAAAAAUUUUUAAAAAGAGGAAAUGUAGCUCUGGCUGUACGGCUUAGUUCCAGAAUGCUUCAGUCUGAGAAGUGUUUGUGCGUUACUGUGUUUGGUAGAUAGAACAUUGUUAAAUGUAGACAGUACUGUGGCCAGAUGUGUUGUUGGCAGGUUUGGUGAUAGAUUUGCAUAUUCAAAGUGAUAUUACCAAAUAUUUCUCAUGAGAUGGUGUUUGUGACUAAUAAACAUGUUCCUAUGCUGA